AGAGGAGGCGCCGCCCCGGCCGUCAUUUCCGCCGUGUGUCGGGGUGGGGGAGGGGGGCAGAGCGCUCGCCUCCUCCUCCGCGGCGGCCGGAGACACAGAGACCCAGCGCGGGGCGAGGGGAGCUCAGCCGCCGCCGCGCACGCGGGCCGCGCCGCCCCGCUAGCCGAGCCCUGCCCCCGCCCGCCGCAGCCGCCCGGCAUCCUUCCCGCCCCCCCCCGCGCCCGCGCCGCCCCGGCCCGGCCAUGGGGAACGCAGCUACCGCCAAGAAGGGCAACGAGAUCGAGAGCGUGAAAGAGUUCCUAGCCAAAGCCAAAGAAGACUUUUUAAAAAAAUGGGAAAGCCCCCCUCAGAAUACUGCUGGCCUAGAUGAUUUUGAGAGGCAAAAAACCCUUGGAACAGGAUCAUUCGGGAGAGUUAUGAUGGUGAAACAUAAAUCUACAGAACAGUAUUAUGCUAUGAAGAUACUGGACAAACAGAAGGUUGUCAAACUGAAGCAAAUAGAACACACACUGAACGAGAAGAGAAUAUUACAAGCGGUGAACUUUCCUUUCCUUGUAAAACUGGAGUAUUCUUUUAAGGACAAUUCUAAUUUAUACAUGGUAAUGGAGUAUGUUCCUGGUGGUGAAAUGUUUUCACAUCUAAGAAGAAUCGGAAGGUUCAGUGAACCACAUGCACGGUUUUAUGCAGCUCAGAUAGUGCUAACAUUUGAGUACCUCCAUUCAUUAGACCUCAUCUACAGAGAUCUAAAGCCUGAAAAUCUUUUAAUUGAUCAGCAAGGAUACAUCCAGGUGACGGACUUUGGCUUUGCAAAAAGAGUAAAAGGAAGAACUUGGACGUUAUGUGGGACUCCAGAAUACCUGGCACCUGAAAUAAUUCUCAGCAAGGGUUACAACAAGGCAGUGGAUUGGUGGGCAUUAGGAGUGUUAAUCUAUGAAAUGGCAGCUGGAUAUCCCCCAUUCUUUGCAGAUCAGCCCAUUCAAAUUUAUGAGAAGAUUGUGUCUGGCAAGGUAAGGUUCCCAUCACACUUCAGUUCAGACCUAAAGGAUCUUCUAAGAAAUUUACUCCAGGUAGACUUGACCAAACGAUAUGGAAAUCUCAAGAAUGGUGUAAAUGACAUAAAGAAUCACAAGUGGUUUGCAACUACAGAUUGGAUUGCCAUUUAUCAGAGAAAGGUAGAAGCUCCAUUCAUACCAAAGUGCAGAGGCCCUGGAGAUACCAGCAACUUUGAUGACUAUGAAGAAGAAGAUAUUCGUGCGUCUCUAACAGAAAAAUGUGCAAAAGAAUUUGCUGAUUUUUAGUAUGAGUAAGAGGACAAGAUGACAUCAGGGCUCACAUUGGGAUCUUUGCACUCUGUUAACAGAUGAGGUGGAGCUGAGACCAUCAUAUGUCAAAACAGUUACCUAGUUACUUCAUUCCACAAAGCUGACUGAGGUCUUUAUUGCCAUCUUCCAUGUGUGCAGUUUGCACCAACCCUUCUAACUAGGCACAAUUAAGCAAGCACUGUUUGUGCAGUAACACAGAAUAAUAGACCACUUUCCUACUUAACUUUGGUUUCUGUCGUUCUUUGUUUCUGUGUAUUGUUCAUUUUCCCCCUUUAAAAUGAAGUAGUUUUUUACCCAAGAAUGCUCCAUUUUAUUUUGAAUAAUGUAUUAUUUGUGUGAGUGAAAUGGAAGGUGUUGCGGCUAGUGUGAUUUAGACUGAAGUGAAAGAUAAAUGUUGCUUCUAGUCUGUGCCAGCCAAUAAUUCUUGUCUGUCUUGUGUCUGAUGCUACAAUUUAUAAUAAUUUUUUAGUAGCUCAGACUAAACCUAGCCAACAUUUUUAGCAUUUUGGAAGGUAGUAUUUAUCGCCAUAUAAAUGUCUGCUAAAUUAACUUAAAACAUUUCUUCCUGGAGACUGACCAAAAUUCAGUAGAAUCAAUUGGAUGGCUUAAGUAGGGGACAGUAGCUUGACCCCGUGCCUUGGUUUUCUACAUCCCUGCAGUUUUCAUCACUGCCUUCUUCCUUUGUAUUUCCCACCUAGGCAGUAGGGAGAUCACCAUAACCAGACUGUACCACAGAAAGCUUACAGUCCUGAGAGGGAGUAAUUCCACCUGGUCUGGAUUUUGGACCAUAUUUAACCAAGUCAACUUACCAGCAUUUCAGUUGGCAGGUAUAAAAUGGCUUUUUUAAGAACAUGAACCCUAAACUCUUAAAGGAAGUUUUGGUCAGUAUUGUAGAGAAUAUGAUUCAUUUUGAUCCACUUUUUUUUUUUUUAAACAAAAAAAGCGCCAAUGUUUGGGCUCCCAAAGUAUUCCUUGUUUUGAGCCUUUUUUGGUUGAAAAAGGCAUUCAUUAAAAUAAAAACCACCACACCAUGAAAAGCAAAAUGCGCUCUGCCAUUAGCUGUGAAAAACAAAUGGUUUAGCAAAUGCAAACUAAUGUUCUAGAUGCAUCGCUGGAUGAACACGGUUAUUUUUUGUUAGCUGUUAAGAAUAAGAGGUUAUUGCCAAGUUUUUAUUCUGGUAUACUAUAUUAGUAAACUGAGGAUGAAGUACUGCUACAAUCAUUUUCUUUUUAGUUACAGCACUUCAUUCACGAAGAAAAGAGACAAAGUUUAAAAACUGCAGCAUCUGGGUUUAUUUUAGUUGCGUUGUGUCUUCAUUUCUAACCUACUUUCUUUCAAUCAAACAGAAUGUAUGGUCACACAGAUACAGGUAUUUGGGCUUAAUUAUGUUUUGUAUACUCUCACCAACUGACUUAAAAGAUAUUGCUACCAUGUGCUAGCUUUGGGCACUUUUACACAUUUAUUUCAAUGUUAAUAAUCAGUGGCUCAGCACUUUUUUUGGGGUUGCUUUUAAACUUUUUCAUAGUAGUUUUAUUUGUACACUUGAUUCUGGCCGUCUCAGUGACCUGUCUUAAAACAGCACAUCCAAAACAGUUUAAACUAGACUCAUAUUUUAUGAUAAAUUUACAUGCAUACAAGGAUGAAUUGUUUUUAAAAGAAAAAAAAAUGAGCUAUAUUGAUACAGAGCCAUUGUAUUUGUUUGAAUGUCAGUGCAAAUAAACCACUGGCAUUCCUUCCUUUUAAUCUGUAUGAUGCUGCUUUAACAAAAGCCUUUGUAGACGUUUUACAAGAGAAUGAAACGUACCAUCAACAUUCUGUAUGUUUAGGUUGUUGAGCAUUUUUGCACAACGUCAUUAGGAGGCUGACACUGAAUGCAGUCUUUGUCCACCCAUAUUUACAUAUGUGCAAGAAAAGUAUAAGAUACUUUGCUGUAGCAAAUUUUAUGUAACAAAGAUAUAUCGUCACAUUAAUAAAUUUAAAGAAAUCCUUUGUAUGAAAAUGUUAAAAUCUUUUGUAUUUCAUUUAGACCAAGGACAUGCUGCUGUAUGCUAGCUGUAUGCGAUAAAUUCUACAGUAACUUUGUUGUCGUUUAUGAACUUUAAAAGAUUUUAAUAAAUGUUGGAGAUCACAA